GAAAAACAUCUGUGGCUUCAGUUAAACUUCCGGGUGGAUGUAUGUGCAUGUAGUUGGAUCUGUUUAGCAAAUUCAUUGCGAACGUAUUAGCUAAGUUCAUUGUUAAAAAUGUCUCGUGGCUCCAGUGCAGGGUUUGAUCGACACAUCACAAUCUUCUCUCCAGAAGGAAGACUCUAUCAAGUCGAAUAUGCUUUCAAGGCCAUAAACCAAGGUGGGCUCACGUCAGUAGCAGUCAGGGGGAAAGACUGUGCGGUCGUUGUCACACAGAAAAAAGUACCGGACAAGCUCCUGGAUGCUUCCACAGUGACCCACCUUUUUAGAAUAACAGAUAAUAUUGGAUGUGUAAUGUCUGGGAUGACAGCCGACAGCAGGUCUCAAGUGCAGCGAGCCCGUUACGAGGCGGCCAACUGGAAGUACAAGUAUGGUUAUGAGAUCCCAGUGGACAUGCUGUGCAAGAGGAUUGCUGACAUCUCACAGGUCUACACACAGAAUGCAGACAAGCGACCGCUGGGGUGCUGUAUGAUUGUGAUCAGCGUCGAUGAAGAGUAUGGACCACAGGUGUACAAGUGCGACCCAGCAGGCUACUACUGUGGCUUCAAGGCCACGGCCGCUGGAGUCAAGCAGACAGAAGCCACCAGCUUUCUAGAGAAGAAAGUGAAAAAGAAACUGGAUUGGACCUUUGAACAAACAAUCGAGACGGCAAUUUCGUGUCUGUCAACUGUUCUUUCCAUUGACUUCAAGCCCUCUGAGCUGGAGGUGGGAGUUGUGACACUGCAGGAGCCUAAGUUCAGGAUUCUAACAGAGGCCGAGGUAGAUACCCACCUGAUGGCCUUGGCAGAGCGGGACUGAGCGAGCAAAGACCUGUCACCAGUUGGAUUCAGUUAGAGCAUGAAUUUCCCAGAUGGAGAACGGUGUUUUUCUUUGUUUGCUGUACAUUUAUCCCACUAUUUCAUUCAACGAUGAUAAAAAAAACUUUUUGGAGUAAAAUAAAUUGUCUUGAUAUUUCUGUUUGUUUGUUUUCUACCCACAUAGAGUUGUUAGAAUAAAAAAAAUCCUUAUAGU